AUGACGAAUCCUUAAAAGACAAUAAUUAUUUUUUAUUUUCAACUCAACAUCUUUAAAAUAUUUCCUUUUGCUCAUAUUCCUUAAGACUCAUAAAGUACAAAAAUACUAUAUACUUUAGGUUCUUUUUAUAAAAUUCAUAUGCAUAUGAAUGGUGAUCAGUUUUAUUAAUAUGGAAACUUCAUCCCAAAUUAUCUAUUAGAUUUUUAAAGAAUAAACUGCUACUUUCAAUAGGCAUUGAUUCACAACCAUCUAAGCAUAAAUUAAAAAACACAAAUUAAGGAAAAAUGCUCAGAAAAGUUCACAAAUCCUUAUAAAAUGAACAAUUGA